GAUUCCAAAACCCUUCUCUCUUUCUCUCUCUCUCUCUCUCUCUGUCAGAAACCCUGUUAAAGGUAAAAUCUCUCUCUCACGAAAAUUGAUUUUAGCAAUUUUUAAUUUAAUUAGUUAUAGUUUUAAUAAUUGUCCACUAUAUAUGGCCAAUCCAAUUCACUGUUUGGUUGCUGAGAAACUGAAGGAAAACAAAAAGGAGUGCUAAUAUUUGAGGUGAUGCAUUUGUGAUUUUUUGAUAAACAACAUUAAGCUUGCAGCUAAAAUGCUACUCCAAUCUUAUAGACGGGUUAAAGUUUCUUACUCAAUUAAUGCAGGGGUUAAUUUUCCUUCUUGAGUCAAUUUCUUUCCUAUCGAGGAGGACUUGUAUUUGAGAAGUGUCUGGAAUUUGAAGAAAAUGGUACCUUUUUUUUGGGGGGGGAAUUUUUAACUAGUUUGUAUUAGAUGAUAAAUAGUUUGUUUUAGAUAUUUGAAGAGGAUUAGUAGGGAGUCUGUGGUAGUCAAAGCAAAUGGUACAUUUUCGUGUGGGUUUUAUUGUAUUUGUAUGAGUUUUUGAAUAGGGUGUUGGAGAAAGGGGGGAAAAUGUAUGGAAGAGCAGGGCUUGAAAGAUUUAGAAAAGCUCAGACAUUGGAGCCGUUCUCAGUUGCUUCUAAAUCAUCACACAAGCAAACAACAGAACCUUUGGUUUCGUCCAUCCACCCCCAACCUUCUCAUCAGGAAACCCCAUUCAAAAACCGGCUCCAUGAUCCUCAAAAACCCGUUGGACCUGAAGUCACGGUGCCAGCGGUGCCAGGGCUACAAGUGACUCAGGUCGGAGGGAGUCUCUCAACUUGGCAGCCUCCUGAUUGGGCAAUAGAGCCUCGGCCUGGUGUGUAUUAUCUUGAGGUGUUGAAGGAUGGAGAGGUCAUUGGUCAGAUUAAUCUGGAUAAGCGAAGGCACAUCUUUGGGAGACAGUUUCCAAUGUGUGAUUUUGUGCUUGAUCAUCCAUCUAUAUCACGCCAGCAUGCAGCUGUUGUUCCUCACAAGAAUGGAAGCAUAUUUGUGAUUGAUUUAGGGUCUGUUCAUGGUACGUUUGUUGCAAAUGAACGCCUGACAAAGGAUAAUCCUGUUGAGAUUGAACCGGGUCAGUCUUUGCGGUUUGCUGCAUCAACAAGAACUUAUAUACUGAGAAAGAAUAUCAAAGCUCUUUUUCCUCCUCCUCUGCAACCUGCAGAGAUCAAUCUACCUCCUCCUGAUCCAUCUAAUGAAGAAGCUGUUUUGGCUUAUAAUACAGCUCUCAAUAGGUAUGGUCUGGCCAAGCAAGAAUUAUCAGCCAAAUCUAGUGGGAAUUUGGAAAGCUCAUUUGAUAGGAAUGAUGACAGGCAGGGAUCCAGACCUGCCAAAAAGACUAGGAAACUAAGGGUUACUUUCAGAGAUCAAGUUGGAGGAGAGUUGUCUGAAGUGAUUGGCGUUUCAGAUGGUGCACAUGUUGAAACCGAACCUGGUCCAGGUGGUGUAAAAGAAGGAAGCCUUGUUGGUAAGUAUGAAUCACUUGUAGAGAUUACUGUUAUUCCAAAGGGGAAGGAACAGGGCUCAUCAAGGGAAAAAAGCAUCACCCAGAAAGGUGUUACUGAUAGAUUACAAGAAGUUUUGAACAAGGUCAAAUCAACUCCAAAAAGUAAUGCAAUUUAUGAUGAUCUUUACGGAGAAUCGUUUUCAGGUAAAGUGGGUUCAUCCUGGGCUUAUGCUUCUGUUCCUCCUGGUGAUGGACAACGUUCUUCAACAAAAGAUGGAGAAUUUUCUCGUGACUCAACUGGGAGAUCUAGUACAGGACAUGAUGAUGAUGAUGAUAAUGAUCUGUUUGGCGAUUAAUCAAGGUGCAAAGGUCCUGAAGAGGUUGACUAUUUUUUGGAGGCGUGUGGUUAAGUGAUAUAGUUUCAGUAUUAUCAGUUUAGGGGCAUUUGUGAAGUUAUAUUCCUUCUGCAUGUGAAAUAUCUCCUCGCUACAUUUUGCCACAGGGUUUGAAGCCCUUGUUCAGUACCUUGAAAGGAUAAAACAGAUUUUAUGAAGAAAGGCUUUAGUUCUAGUUGCCCUUUUGUGUAGCUGGUAAUUGUUCAUAGACUUGGUUACUUAUCAAAAAAAAAAUUGUUCAUAGACUUGGUUGAAUGUACGUAACUAGUUCUUCCA